AUAGUCUUUGGUGUACUUUAGGUCACUCGCUGCUUGCGAAAUGCUUCACAAUGCCGGCUACACAAACCUACUUUGGAUUCAGGGGGGUCUCGAAGCUGCUGAAGAAGAGGAUCUUGAGAGAGAAGGUCCUCAGCCAUUCAGAUUUGCAGGACUUGGGGGAGUUUCUGAAUUUCUUGGUUGGACCGAUCAACAACGAUAUGCAGCUGCCAAGGAAGGAUGGGGCUACCGAUUAGUCUUUUCUGCACGUCUGGUUGGACUCUUUCUCCUAGCAGAUGCCUUGUUUAUUGGGGCUCAACAACUCGGCCGUAUUAUUCAAGACUUAUGGUCUCAGUGAAAACAUGAGUCCGUUUCCUAAGCAUGCAUCCAGUGUUCAGGGUUUCGACAAAGCGAUUCCAUUAUGAGAUUGAAGAGUCAGAGCUCUCCUAGAGGUUUCUUUCUAAUGACAUUUUAGAAGAUCUCCAUCUCCUUGUCGGCUCAUUCAAGGCGCUAGCUUGGUAAAGUUCACAAGGCAGCAUUCCUUGGCAUUCAGGUAAAAACCUGUUUUCAUGAGCUUAUCCUUUGUAGAGUUCAACAAAUUUGCGGAUUAUGUGUUAACGACUGGAAUACUUUCUUGUUUUGUUUUUUUGAUGUAUUGCAUGCUGGUAUCUCUGAUACUUUUCAGCCAUUGUCGGCGGACAAAAAUAUGUUAUCAUUAAUAUUAGUUCUUAAUUAUUAUUUGAUUUUUGAUUUCCAA